AUGUCGGACGAGAAGAAGCAGAAGGCUAAGCAGGUUGCUGCCGAGAAUGGCGUGUCCGUGACCACUAACGCUUUAGACCAAAAUUGGAAACUGACGGUGACCAGAAUCAAUCCAGCUGGAGCAGCUGUGUUGGGCGCUGCACCCUUAUAUCUUGCCUUGGUCCCGUUGACCUCCUAUCUCACAAAACCCAACAGCGUCGUCCAGAAGCUCAGCGAGACUCUCAUCAAACUGGUCCCCGGUGUUGGUAUCUCAUCCAUCUCCAGUGGUCGAGCAAUUCCAGCCCUCGCCGCCAUCUAUCUCUUCUGGACGUUCGGAGCCUCUGGAGCCGCUUCUGCUGCCGGACAGGCCAUGGCUCGAGAAGAGGGGCUCGACAAUGACCAUCCGCGGAAGCACGUUACGAAUUUAGAGGGGCUUCCUCUGCGCUUGCGAUCUGCGCACUAUGCCCUCAUGGAGAACUUCCCAGGCUUUGCACUGGCUGCCGCGUUGGCACAGGUUAUCGCUCCGACGGAUUCCCAGGUGGUGAACCUGCUGGGUUUCCACGUGGUUGCGAAAUUGCUGGUGCAUUAUCCGGCGUACCUCGCAAAUAUUGCGGUGCCUAGGACACUGGCGCAUAUUAGUGCUACGAGUGCGCUGAUAAACGUUUGCUGGAGAUUGGCUGCUGGCGCUUAA